GCUUGGGCUGCAAUAUUUUAAUUAACAUCAACAUAAAAAGUUGAACGGACGUAACUAACAAGAGACAUAAGUGAAUUUUAGCCAAGUUGGAAGGAGUUUAUAUUGAAAUUGCAAAAUGAGCAUUCAACAAUUUGAACAAGAUGUUCUUAAAGCCCACAAUACAUAUCGGGCCAAGCAUGGUGCUCCACCCUUAACUCUGAGCCCCAAGCUUAAUCAAUUGGCCACCGAAUGGGCCAAGUACUUGCUGUCCAGAAAUCGAAUGGAGCAUCGACAGAACAGCGGCUAUGGCGAGAAUAUCUAUAUGGCCUUCGGAGGAAAUUUGGAAGGUGCAGACGCCGUUAGAUCUUGGUACGAAGAGAUUCGUCUUUACAAUUGGAACUAUCCUUCAUUUCAAAGUAGCACAGGACACUUCACUCAGGUUGUUUGGAAGGGCUCCACUGAGUUGGGCGUAGGUUUUGCCAAAAGGGGAAAUACCAUAUACGUAGUGUGCAACUACAAUCCCCCUGGCAACUACAACAACAUGUUCAGAGAGAACGUAGCUCCUCCAAGGCAAUAGUUAUAUACUUUUAUUAACUAAACACAUUCCAAAGAUAUACAGGAACUUAGAAAACAUAAGUAAACCAAACAAACGACUAACAAUUCUGAAAGGCUAAAGAAUCUAAAUAAACUUUUUCCAUAUCAUUCCAAAGAAAUAAGCGAGCUUCCAAGCCGAAAAUAAUAUUUUUGAAUAGAUAUUCUUAAAAAAAAGCAAUGUUGCCAAAGAAACAAAAUACAGGUGAAGAAAAUAUUUGUAUUGAAUUUUAAAUUCAUAAAUGUAAAGCUCUUAGAAUAGCAAGUGAAUUUUUAAAACGUCAAGCAUAUAAUGUUAAAACUUGUUCGAAUUUUAAAUUCAUUACUUUCAAGACAUCCAAUC